AAGUUAGUUUGAGGCGGGGCCUGCAGGGGGCGGGGCCUGCAGGAGCCGUGGUCAGGUAACUGGACUGGGUUCCCGCUAGGUGUGGUCUCGGAAGGCUGGGGCGGUGGCAACGUGGAGGGCGGGGGUGACAGCAGCCCCGAGCCGCAGAGCCUCAGCUUCCGCCUGGUCCCAGCCUCGUGGGAGCCCCGCGGGUCCUGCCUAGAUGUGGAAGACUGAGGCCUGUUGCAAGUGCAGAGCUCAGCCCUUGAACCCUCUGUCCCCAAGAGCUCCAUGCAGGUGCCACAGGAUGGAGAAGACCUUGCUGGCCAACCCUGGUACCACGGCCUCCUGUCCCGCCAGAAGGCUGAAGCUCUUCUUCAGCAAGAUGGCGACUUCCUGGUUCGUGCCUCUGGGUCUCGUGGGGGCCACCCCGUGAUCUCCUGCCGCUGGCGGGGCUCAGCCCUCCAUUUUGAGGUGUUCCGUGUGGCCCUGCGUCCCCGGCCAGGCCGACCCACAGCUCUCUUUCAACUGGAGGAUGAGCAGUUCCCCAGCAUGCCCGCUCUGGUUCACAGUUACGUGACAGGCAGGCGCCCACUGUCCCAGGCCACAGGGGCUGUGGUCUCCAGGCCUGUGACUUGGCAGAGGCCUCUGCGACGCAGCUUUAGCGAGGACACCCUGAUGAAUGGCCCAGCUCGGACAGAGCGUCUCAGGGCAAGGAAGUGGAGCAACAGUCAGCCUGCAGAUUUGGCACAUAUGGGACAGUCAAGAGACGACCCCACUGGGAUAGAAGCCUUCGCCAUGCCCGUAUCUGCCUUGCCCCGAACGGGCAGUGACCCCGUGUUGCUGAAGGCCCCUGCUCCCCUGGGAACUGUUGCCAACAGUCUCAGAGCCUCCGAUGGGCAGCUUCAAGCCAAGGCACCAGCGAAGCCUCCCCGGACACCCUCCUUCGAACUUCCUGAUGCCUCUGAACGUCCCCCAAUGUACUGCGAGCUGGUGCCCCGAGUAUCCUGUGUCCAGGGAACAUCCCUGAGCCAAAGCUGCCCAGAGCCAGAGGCCCCAUGGUGGGAGGCUGAGGAGGAUGAGGAGGAAGAAAACAGAUGUUUUACAAGACCACAGGCUGAGAUCUCUUUCUGCCCCCCUGAUACCCCCUCCUGCCUCCUGGGCCCCCAGAAUCGGCCCCUGGAACCCCAAGUCCUGCAUACUCUCCGUGGCCUGUUCCUGGAACACCAUCCUGGGAGCACUGCCCUUCACCUGCUAUUGGUAGACUGCCAGGCCACAGGCCUCCUGGGAGUGACCAGGGAUCAGCGGGACAACAUGGGGGUCUCAUCUGGCCUGGAGCUGCUCACUCUUCCCCAUGGAUGUCGCUUGAGGUUGGAACUGCUGGAGAGGCAUGAGACACUGGCGCUGGCCGGGGCACUGGCAGUGCUGGGCUGCUCGGGGCCGCUGGAGGAGCGCGCAGCCGCACUGAGGGGCCUGGUAGAGCUGGCGCUGGCGCUGCGGCCAGGGGCAGCGGGGGACCUGCCCGGGCUGGCUGCGGUCAUGGGCGCCCUGCUCAUGCCCCAGGUGUCCCGGUUGGAGCACACGUGGCGCCAGCUCCGAAGGAGCCACACGGAGGCUGCGCUGGCCUUUGAACAGGAGCUGAAGCCGCUGAUGCGGGCUCUGGAUGAGGGCGCUGGACCCUGCGACCCCGGCGAGGUGGCGCUGCCGCACGUGGCACCCAUGGUGCGCCUGCUGGAGGGCGAGGAAGUCGCGGGGCCGCUGGAUGAGAGCUGCGAGCGGCUGCUGCGCACCCUGCACGGGGCGCGUCACAUGGCCCGGGACGCACCCAAAUUCCGCAAGGUGGCAGCCCAGCGCCUGCGAGGAUUCCGGCCUAACCCAGAGCUGAGGGAGGCCCUGACCACCGGCUUCCUGCGGAGGCUGCUCUGGGGUAGCCGGGGCGCGGGAGCUCCGCGCGCUGAACGCUUUGAGAAGUUCCAGCGCGUCCUCGGCGUCCUGUCACAGCGCCUGGAGCCUGACAGCUGAGAGCGCAGACCCCUUUCUUCACACCCGGGACCCCCAGGUUUUUGAAGACCCCGGAAGAGACCAAAGGAGUCGUCCCAGGCUCCUCACGUCCUCAGGCGGAAACCUGCCCUGUGCCUCACAGCAGAGGUGGGGAGGGCAGUCAGGGUCAUCCGGGGCAUGGUGAACAUGUGACCUGCAGAUCUGGCAUCAGAGGCCAGAGUUCAAAUGUGACUCCGCUUCUUAAAAGCUGUGAUUUCUAGCAGAUCACUUCACCUCUCUGUGUCUGCCUUUAACAAAAUCAUGGCUGUGCAGCAGCUCAGGCCUGUAAUCUCAGCACUUGGGGAGGCCGAGGCGGAAGGAAGGCUUGAGGCCAGGAGUUCAAGACCAGCCAGGGCAACAUGGUGAGACCUCAUCUCUACAAAAACUGAAAAAUAAAAAACUUUUACAAAAUGUAAA